AUUCUCAUUAGGGGCUGAGCCCCCCUAAAGGUCUGAUCCUAGGAUCACCCCUGCUCCACUGGAAAGUGAAUGCCUUGAGACACAGAUCAUUAUUGCAGAAGGGAGGCGGGAACAAGCUGACCCGUUCACUUGGCUAACAUAUGCAGGAAACAGAAUAUUUACAUUCUGUCCUUGUUUUAUUUUUUUCUGCCUUCCUUUCCUCCCACAGCUCUCCCUCUCCUCUUCAAGGUGUCGUGCACGCGCUCAGUAGGCUGCUAUUAAAUGGGCGGACUGUAGGCGCGGUCACGUCCACAGCGGCUCCGGUGGUGACUGUCACAUAAAAGCGGGCGUCCCACCGGCCGGCCUGCGGACUCCGACUCUGCGAGACCGGAUCGGACCUGACCGACACCGGGGAUCUGAACCACCGCUCGUAAGACAACAAAACCAGUCGCAAUAGCUUGAAGGCGACUUGCAGGAAUCAAUACGAGAUCAGCUGACAUCCGCUGUUGACAUCACCUCAAAGUUUCCCAGACAGCCAUCCUCGGUAGCCUCCACCUUACUGUGGCCUGCCUUGGCGUGGGAUGCUGGAGAGUGGGAGAGCAGGAGGGGAGAUUUGAUGCCAACAGUAAAAGAGGUGUGGCAUAGCUAUAGUCAAUCAUGGGGGAUUCAAUAUUCAACUGCUGUUAUGUCCCACCCCAUCCCCCAGGCGAGGGGGAACUCUCCGGGUCCAGACGCUCGGAGAUCAUGGCCUCCAAUUCAGUGAACAUCUCCUCCGACAAGCGCUUCCUCAUCUUCUUUGACUUCGAUGAGACCAUCGUGGAUGAAACCAGCGACGACCUAGUGGUGCAGGCCGCCCCUGGUCAGCACCUCCCGGGCUGGCUGAAGGACACCUACCAACCCGGCCGCUACAACGAGUACAUGCAGCGCGUGCUGACCUACCUGGCGGAGCAGGGCGUCACAGAGAGCGACAUGCGCAGCAUCAUGGAGAAGAUCCCGGCCACCCCCGGCAUGAUCACCCUCUUCCAGUUCCUCCGCACCCGGCCCCCGCAGGACUUUGAAGUGGUGCUGUUGUCCGACGCCAACACCUUCUUCAUCGAGUCCUGGCUCCGGCGUGCCGGUGCCCGCCCACUCUUCCACCGGAUCUUCAGCAACCCGGCCACCUUCAACAAGGAUGGCCGGCUGGUGAUGCGGCCCUUUCACUCCCACGACUGCGCGCGCUGCCCCAGCAACAUGUGCAAGCAGGUGGUCGUCAGGGACUAUGUGGCCCGAAGGACGCAGGAGCGGGGCCGUCCGUACCAGAGGGUCUUCUACGUUGGGGACGGAGCCAACGACUUCUGCCCAGCGCUCUCCCUCGGGCCCCGGGACGUGGCUUUCCCGCGGCGGGAUUUCCCCAUGCACCGGCUGAUCACGGAGACCCAUGAAGCCAUGCCCGGGGAGUUCAAGGCUGUCACGGUGCCGUGGGUUAGCGCGGAGGAAGUGGUGCAGAGGCUGAGGAAGCUGGUGGCAGAGUAGAGGGGUGCACACAGAGACAGAAAGGGAAGAAAGGAGAUUACUAGGCUAAGGGGCCAAUUGACACUUUUAGUCAUAUUCUCAGGUCAAAUAGUUGCAGAAAACUAAUGUUCCAGGCAAUAAAAUCACUUGUACUGUCAGUAAAAAUAAAGUGUGUCUAGCCUGCACGUGCCUCAGUCUAGCCUCUCUCGUUUUGUUCUAAAGGUCACUCAGAACAGAGGCCCAGUUUCUCAUCAGCAGGUUAAUGAUUAUGGAGCCCUGCCAUUGUCACCCAAAGAGAGGAAAGCAAUGACAAUGCUUUAUUAGGCAUAUAGGCUAUAUAAAAACAUUUAGAAGUAAGAGUAUGAUUUUGUCUGUAUUUGCAUAAUAAAUACCCUAAAUUCAAUGGGACAUGGUGCAUUUAAGUGUUGGGUCAUUGUGCUUUUAAGUGUUGGGAAUGGUGCUUUUAAGUGUUAAACUGGGUCAAUAGAGAAACCUCAGUAGCAAUACUAUUUAAAAUGGUAUGGAUGUUAACCAAGUGAUGGGUUGCUCUUUAAUAACAAGUGUAUUUUCUUAUCUGCACUUUUUUAAAAUAUGAAUUGUGAAAUAAGUCUCAAUACAGGAAUCAGAGUAGCCUACACUGCCAUCUGAUGGGCAUUUCAACAGAUCUACAAGAUGAACAAACUAUUUUUUGUAUCAAUAUACUUCUCAGAGAAUACCCUAUGUCUAAUUUAGGAUUUUAUGACAAUGCUCUAUAUAUGGUUGUUUGUUUGUUAUUUUAACUUGUUUAUCAGUCUGUUGUGUCUUUAUUGUGUAGGCCAGGCCUACUGAAAGAAAUAUUAACACCAGCAGGAAUAAAGCCAUCAACUGAAA